AUGGACAAAGUGCUGACCCUCAAGGUGUUCAGUCGAGCGAGGGGAAUCUACAAAGGACAUUGCUUCCGAAUCAACCACUUCCCUGAAGACAACGACUAUGACCAUGACAGCUCAGAAUACCUUCUCCGCAUUGUCCGUGCCUCCAGUGUGUUCCCCAUCCUAAGCACAAUAUUGCUGUUGCUGGGAGGACUCUGUGUUGGAGCAGGAAGGAUUUACAACAGCAAAAACAACAUUAUUCUCAGCGCUGGGAUUCUCUUUGUUGCAGCGGGACUAAGUAAUAUCAUAGGGAUCAUUGUCUACAUAUCAAGCAAUGCAGGUGACCCAAGUGACAAGCGAGAUGAGGACAAAAAGAACCAUUACAACUAUGGUUGGUCUUUUUAUUUUGGAGCCUUGUCUUUUAUUGUGGCCGAAACCAUAGGUGUUCUGGCUGUGAACAUUUAUAUUGAGAAGAACAAAGAGCUGAGGUUUAAGACCAAGAGGGAAUUCCUUAAGACUUCUUCCAGUUCUCCUUAUGCCAGGAUGCCAAGUUACAGGUACAGGAGGCGGAGGUCCAGAUCCAGUUCUCGAUCUACAGAACCUUCUCCAUCUAGAGACAUUUCUCCAGUUGGCAUGAAGAUAGCAAGCACCAUUCCCAUGAACGAAAUUUCCAUGUACACCCUUUCCAGAGAGCCUUUGAAGGUUACAACGGCUGCCAGCUACAACGCAGACCAAGAAGCCAGUUUUCUGCAGGUUCACAACUUCCUUCAGAAGGAAUUUAAGGAAGGACUCCAUGUCAACAUGGUCAACAGGAGAACAACACCUGUUUGAAGUACCUACCUUCUUUGAGCUUUCUGAAGAAAUUUCACAAAAGAAUGGAUCUGUCAUGAAAGAGAAGGAGUGAUGUUAAAAUACCCUCUGACCUCUUUAAUUGUGGCAUGUGUUGAGGUAGCAAGUGGAGAUCCUCUGGACCAACAUAAAGAUAUUACAUGCUCGUAGCUUUUUUUGAAGCUAUUCGGAGUUAGUUUCUUUCAGUUCUUGGUGUCAUGAGAUGAAGGCAGUUCAUGUUCCUGCACUUUUAUAGUGUGUACAGAGACUUGGAGAAACUGCAAAGGACUUGCCACCAGUGUGUUUUA